CGGGUCCGUUCAUCAUUCUCCCUCCAUACGAGGCCUAACCUCGCGAUCCAUACGUUUCAGGAUAUUCCAGGAUAUUCUCUCUGAUGUCAUUUCGCGUACCAGUGGCUAUGCAGCUCACAGGAUCCUUAUUGUUCGUGUCGUCGCGUAAGACGCACGCGUGAUAAAAUGUUCGUAUAAAAAAAUUCUGCUCGCGGUUAUUUACGCCGAGUAGCCGGCUUGUUGUCAAAAAUGGCUGUCGCAUAAAAUCGGAAUCUGUGUGCAUCUCGAGUACUCCGUCCGUCGUGCAGAGUGAUUGAGUGUUUGUUAUUGACACUGUUGACAACAAGUGUUACCUCGGCAAGGGUAUGCCGCGCGUUAAGGCUUCUCCGAAGAAAUGUGUAAAAACGUCAAAUUCACACCCGGCUGCAAAUACAUGGGUGUUCCUUAUGAAAGGGGAUGGAUUAGACAGCAAAAAUGGAGGUCUUCCAGAUAUCGUAAAACUCAAGCAUCCUGCUUCGAAUCAACCGGCCAUGUUCGUUUUCAGUCCAGGAGAUUUGACGGUACAGGAGGUAUUAACCUUCGACGAAAACAAAAGAUCCUGGUUUGUGGACGAUUACGUAAAGUCAGAUGGAAAGAUGCAUCUGUCUACUCCGAUUGAUCCUAUAUUUUUAGUUCUGCCCUAUUUACAAAAGUCACAACAUGUUGCACCACUGGAGCAGAGUCUUCACGACGACGACUAUCCUGAAACAACUCGUUUGGCACGUUGCCAAAAUUUGAAAGUGUCUCUAAUUGCUGACCGAUAUGGGGAUGAAGAUUUGCUAGCUUUCAAGUAUAAUGAGGAUAAAACCCUAAGAUGGUUAAGAAGAAAGGUAGAAAGGGUAGCUGAAGUUUUACGACAAAAAAAGAUUCAUGUUUCACAAGGUGCUAUUAGUGCCACUUAUGUGAAAAGCAAUAAAUUUGAAGUAGGGACUGAAAUUGAAUAUUUAAAAUAUGCUCAUGGUAUAGUAUCGGAAUAUCUACCAGAGGAUUUGUCAAAGAAAUUGGCUCAAUGUUUAAAUUUACCCGAGGAAGGAGAAAACAAGAAAAGAAAGUUAAGUAACUCUAAGGAAGUAAGUGAAGAAAAACGACCCAAAAAGGAAACAUCUGAUGGAGAUAGUUUACCAAAAAAUAGGGUACUUGACUUGACAAAACCGGAGAAGCCACAAAAAGCUGCAACAACAUCCAAGAAAGAAUUAUCUAGGCAACGAGCUGCAGCUGGCAGUAAAAGUAUUACUAACUUCUUCAAGAAGAAAUGAAUUAGACCACAUCAUUGUUGUACUGACAACAUUUCAUUCCCGAAAACUAAGAAUCUUGAACAGUUGAAUCAACAAGUUUUAACAUAAUUUUAGAUGUUCCUUUGUGGAUAUAAAGUGAUAAAUAUUUAAGAGUGUACCUUAUACAAGGACAUCCAGUCAUGCUUUUUAAGUGAACACUAUAUAGCAAGAACUUUCUAGGAUACAAUGAUACGCCUUUGAGGUAUUGUCGCCUGAGAAAGUUAACUAGAUGACUGCGGAUUCUAUAUAGAAAUUACGUUUUUUUCGUAUAAAGAGUAUAUACAACA